AUGCCUGGAUCAACCAGAAGCCUGCAGAAGAGGCUACUUCCAAGCUCAAUGGAAACCACGACCGCCGUGACGAGCUGGACGGUCUACGUGAAGAACUUGGUCAGGUUGAGAAGAAUAUCAUGUAUUUCACAAGCACUUUUCCGCCGCCAUCUGGACAACCAUUUUCUGCAGUGA